CUGUGUCUCCUAGAACGCCGCACCUCCUAUGGCACCAAACUUCGCAUCUGCCUGUGGCAACGCGGCCAGAAGACGAUCAAACAGCCCGUCUACGUUGGCGACGUUGCCCGAGGCAUUGUCAACAGCUUGACCGCCGCAGAUAGCCCUGGGAAACUGUACGAGGCUGUUGGACCUCAUCGUUACCGCCUGGAUGAUUUGGUCAGAUGGAUCCUCUUCAACUGUCGUUACCUGCCUCGUGAAGUCACAAUUGGCAGAAUGGAUCCUUGGUUCCUGUAA